AUGACUCACCCGGCAAAAGGCAAAUACUCCCCAAUGAGAACAUCCAUCCCCACACGAUCCCUGGGGCCACCAGCAGGGAAACGAGCAGAAAACAACCAAAACCAAAUCCUGCAGAUGCCAACACACCGCCGAGACACGCGUCGGGGCGGGGGAUUCGGACGCGCGAAUUGCCGACGCUCAUCCAAUUAUACCGUAUGCGGCCUAGUGGCUGACGCGGAGGGGACACGAGGUCAUGUGGCGGCCUUGGUGGACUUAGGCAGCAAUCCCAUGCAUGUCUCUCUGGGCAAGCAGGGUGAGGCACUCUGA